UUUGGUUAUAAGUAUCAAACUAUGGUAAUGACACGGUCAGUUGUCGGUUGCCUUUUGAACUGUACAGAUUAAACGUAAGGUUCUGAUUGGCAAUUAGCUUAGAAUAUUUCCUUAAUACUUGUUUAUAAAACUGGUGUGAAAUAUCGAAAAUGACUAAUAGCAGCAAUAAUGGAGGACGCAAGGACAUCUGCACUGAAUCAUUAAAUUCAUAUAGAAAUGAAUUUUACAACACCAACCACAAGUACCGAGGUAAAGCCAUCAUUUUUAGUCAAGAAUGGUUCGAAAUCGAUUUGUCUGAACGAACCGGUACUAGGAUAGAUUGUGAUAAGUUAAACGAAUGUUUAACAACGUUGGGAUUUGAUGUUGAUAUAUUUCAUGAUUUAAAAUAUAGAGAUAUUAUGAAACAGAUUGAACAAACAGCUGUGAUGGAUCACUCCGAAAAUGAUUGUCUUCUCGUCAUAGUUUUAAGCCACGGAGAUUCGGGGUUGCUCUAUGCUAGAGACACACACUACAAGACAAAAAACCUAUGGAAUCCUUUCACUGAUGCAAAAUGUCCCACGCUUGCUGGAAAGCCGAAGUUAUUCAUGUUUCAAGCAUGCCAAGGUGAUCAAUAUGAUAGCGGAAUUACUCUAAAACGACGUGCCGAAACAGAUGGUUCGUAUGAACCUGAUAAAAUUCCAGUUCACCCUGAUUUUCUACUUGUACUUUCUACUGUACCUGGAUAUUACUCGUGGAGAGACCGUAAACGUGGAUCUUGGUUCAUUCAGGCACUUUAUGAAGAGUUAACCUACACAGCAGAAGAUCCUAUUGAUAUUUUAACUCUACUAACUUUUGUUUGUCAAAAAGUUGCGCUAAAUUUUGUAUCCUACACAAAACAGGUCGAUAGUAAUGACAAAAAACAAGUUCCAUGUUUUUCAAGUAUGCUAACCCGUCGUCUUGUGUUAACAAAAAAAUCUAAUGGUAAAUCAAGCAGGAGGAAUAGGUAUUCCUCCUGCUUGAUUUAGAUGAUUUACUUGAUUUAGAUAAAUAGAUUUUUUUGAUAGCUAACAAAUAUUUGAAUUCCUUUAAAUUUAAAUACCCAGAUAGGUAGAUACUUACCUGGUUCCUCAAAAGGUAGGUGUACUUGAUCUACAUUCCUUUAUGAAUUUGUGUUUUAGUUUUCAUUUGUAGAAAUAAAUAAACAUGAUAACUUCAAGGUCGGUACAACAUAGCGACGCCGACGCGACGGGCGUCGAAGUGACAAGAAUUUAUCUAACUUUAGGCACCUAAGUCUGCAUGAGCCGGUCUAGAAUACCUAAUUACAUUUUUUAAGAUUUACGGAGAACGGACAACAAUCUUAAUGUUUUAUAAUGUACUUACAUUUACAGAAAAGUUCGUCAAUUCACUUCACCAUCGAAAUUCUUUAUCAAGUCUAUUUCGAAAAACAUACCUAAGUAUUAAAAUUAUAAUCCAAGAAACUUUGAAAGCAAC